AUGAAAAUCUCAGCUCUUUUUUCUGUUGCAGCUCUGUUGAGCCAGUCAAUGCCUGUACUUGGCUAUUUAUUCUACCGGUGUGGAAGCGACAACAUCAUUGAGGAAGAAUUAUAUAGACAAAUUGAAAUGGAAUACGAAAGACUUACAGGCAAAAGGUUACGUGCUAGUGAAUUUCCAGGAGGAAUGAAAACCGCUGAAGUAACCUUCUGGGAACCUUCUACAUCAAAUCUAAAUUCUGACCUCAUGAUCAAGGUGAUAUUCAAUACGAAAAAAGAAAUGCUCUCCUUCCAAGUUUCAUCUUCGGGCAAGAGAAUUCCCUGUGUCGGACAUAAUGGUGACUAUAUCCCCCGAGAGGAUAUACAAGUUCCCGAUAAUGAUAUGUAUGAUGACUGA